AUUAUGAAGUGACACUGUUGUGUGUGCUUGAAUCAUCUAAACAGAUAUAUUCAUGCAGGAUUCAUCCGGCCGUGAUUGUGGUCCUCUGCCUACCCUGGUGAUGUCGUCUCUUCUGAGGGAGGAGAUGCAAAGGGUUCUAUUCCGACCUGCAAGACAGAGACUGGUGGAAUUUAUUGAGAUUGAGGAACCAGAGCUUGGAAGACAUUUCCUUUGUGUCUCUGUUGCCAAAAAUAGGCUGGUGCAGUUGUGUAUAGUGCGAUGCCAGGUUACACAGACACCCGGUAAAUCCGGAUCCAAGCGAGGACACCACACUAAGCGCUCCUGCAUUCAGGAGUGCUACAGGAGGACAGAAACCUGGUCCCUGCAAGACCUGACUCUGGUGGAUGGACGGGACCCUGACGUGGAUGACCCGUGUUUCCUGCUCCACUUUGGCGAGGUGCGUACAGUGCGGGCCAUCAGCUGCUCAGCCAAAUACGCUAUUGUGCGCUCGCUGGUUGCUCUCAGCGAGCAGUAUUGUCAGAGGUCACUGAACCUGCACAACUUUGACUGGGCCUACAUCAAGCCCACGUCCUUCUACUCCAACAGAGGAGACUGUGUGGUGCUAUCACAGAUAUGCUUCUAUGCAUUCAACUUAGUAUGUCUGUCCAUGUGUCCUGUGCCCCUGGAUGCCUAA